CGUUGACAAGUAUAUUAGACCCAAUAAUCCAUGGUUCUCUCUGCAAGUAAUGGCUGCCAAAUAUUUGACCGAUAACUUUUUUACAUCUUAUUUUUUAAAACCUAUGACUGGGUAUAUCACCUAUCAUGAGCAAGAUGUUCAAGGUCCAAACUUGGGAGGAUCAGUAGGUGAAGUGGUUAUCUCGUUUCUCCGUUGUACAACUAAAACUGACUUGUUAGGCUAGAAGUACAUCUUGUCGGAAAAAUAGCCAUCUCUUAUUUGUUUUGAUUGUUCAGAGAGUGAAGGUCUAUCGUCUAAACGAAGAUGGUAAAUGGGAUGACCGAGGAACUGGACACGUCACUAUCGACUAUAUGGAGCGAACAGAAGAAUUGGGUUUAUAUGUGAUUGAUGAAGAAGACAAUGAAACACUAAUUGUGCACCACAUCAGCCCUGAGGACAUCUACAGGAAGCAAGAAGACACAAUUAUCUCAUGGAGAGACCCAGAGCGCUCAACAGAUAUGGCAUUGAGCUUUCAAGAGACGGCCGGAUGCUCUUAUAUUUGGGACCAAAUCUGUACUAUACAACGAAAUAUGCAUUUCAACUCUCUUAACAGCGAAACAUUUCACAGCCUGAACAGUGAGUUGAGAGAGCUUCCUGCAGUGGAGCUUCCUACUCUUCCUCUAAUACUCAAGAUUGUGACUGAGAGUGGCAUUGCAGAUCAAAUGCGGCUAACUGAGCUAAUUUUGAAGGAUGAUGGUUUCUUCCGGAGACUGAUGAAUGUAUUCAAAAUAUGUGAGGACUUGGAAAAUGUUGAUGGCCUUCACAUGAUAUUCAAUAUAGUCAGAGGAAUCAUUUUGCUCAAUAGUUCUCAGAUCUUUGAGAAAAUCUUUGGGGAUGAACUAAUAAUGGAAAUUAUUGGGUGUCUUGAGUAUGAUCCUGAUGUUUCUCAGUCGCAACAUCACCGGAAUUUUCUGAAAGAGCACGUUGUUUUUAAGGAGGUAAUACUAUGUUCCCUUUUUCUAUAUUCCAUGUUGCUUAGUACCAGUCAAGAAGCAUAGAUUAGGAAAUGCAAG